UAUUAAAUAAACGCAAGAGCGUACAAUGCGUGUACACAAGAAAAUACAAACGCAUGACAUGUGUAAGUGCAGUGGCUAUAUUAGUAUAACUGCUCGGUGAUGAUAACCCAGAUAAUACUUGGGUAGUCCACGACGACGACGGCGACGACGAGGAUGAUGUCGGGCCGAUGAUAUUAACGGCUAUGAUGAAGACGAUGACACGUAUAUACUUACCUAGUAGAUAGACUAUAACACAACUCCAGGGUUCACUGGAACUAUUUCCCUGGGAAAAAUUCGUCACGCCUACCUAAAUAUUUGCGACGUCCUGAUUGCAGUUAUCAGAUUAUUUUUCACAACGAGCGCAAGUUGGCAAACAGAACAAUGCCAGCUGUACCUUUAGCCAUAUGCCUGGUUUUCCUUGGCUGCUGCUCCAACUUGAUUUUUCUCGAAUUACUGAUGAAAGAAGAUCCCGGUGGCGGUAAUUUGGUGACGUUCUCGCAGUUUGUAUUCAUUGCCAUUGAUGGAUUUAUCUUCACUUCAAAGUGUGGCAAAGUCAAAAGCAACAUUGGCAUCAAGAGCUAUAUGAUCUUGGUCUCAAUGUUCUUCGUUUCUAGUGUUCUCAACAAUUAUGCCUUUAAUUUUAAUAUACCGAUGCCAUUGCACAUGAUAUUCAGAGCAGGUUCUCUGAUAGCGAACAUGAUCAUGGGCAUUAUUAUUCUGAAAAAACAAUAUACUUUUGACAAGUAUUUAUCCGUGGCCAUGAUUACCGUAGGUAUUGUGCUGUGCACUAUAAUAAGCAGCAGGGAGAUCAAGUCGACUGUGCCAAACAGCCAACAAUUGGAGCCAUCAGCUGCUUGGAAUGAUUUUUUCUGGUGGAUCAUUGGUAUCGUGCUGCUGACGGUGGCCUUGUUCAUUUCAGCUAGAAUGGGUAUCUUUCAAGAGACUUUGUACUCUCGGUACGGAAAAAAUCCGAGAGAAGCAUUAUACUACACGCAUUUAUUGCCCUUGCCGUUUUUCGUGUUUCUGUCGAAAAAUUUGUGGGACCAUGCAAUCGUGGCUGUGAAUUCACCUGGAAUCACGGUUCCAUUUGUACAUAUAACUUUGCCGAGAAUGGUAGCUUAUUUAAUAGGCAAUGUGUUCACGCAGUAUGUAUGCGUGAGCUCUGUUUUUGUUCUAACAACAGAGUGCACUUCACUGACGGUUACCCUGAUAUUGACGCUCCGAAAAUUCUUGUCACUUAUAUUUUCAAUAAUAUACUUUAAAAAUCCAUUCACAGUGUACCACUGGAUUGGAACUUUACUUGUUUUCAUUGGUACUCUUAUAUUCACGGAAGUGAUACCUAGAGCCCAAAAAGUUUUAAAAGUCAAAUUUUUCGAGACAAAGGAAAACAAUGAUAAAAUAAAAUGAUAUUCAUUUAAGGACGAUUUCUUUUAACGUACUUUUAUUUUCACUUUACAUUGUAAGAAAUUUCAUUUUUUUGAACUAUGAUCGAGCUAAGAUAAAAUAAAAUUUGUUGUGGGGAGACAAUAAAUCUUUAUAAGAAGUCAUAAGUGAUAAUUUUCAGAUAUAUUUGGUACAGUAGAUUUUCGUCACAUAACACCUUCAAAAUUAUGUCGACUCUAAAUAGUUGUAAAGUUUAACAAUCAACUCUUAUUUAUUAUAAUAUUAUAGUAUAUAAAUGUAUGAAUUUUAUUAACAAUCAAACACAAUGGUAACAGUAUAAACGUACAAAAAGUACCAAAAUAGGAUAAAAUACAUUUUUUAAAUACAUUUCUACAUUUUACAAUAGUUAGGUACAUAAAUUAUUUUCAUUUAAGCAUAAGUAUUCACAUAGCCUUUUUAGUCCUUACUUCUAUUCAAGUUAAAUAAUUUAUAUUUCAAUAAGUAAUGUGUGUGUAAUCGUUAAAUUGUAUGAAUUAAAUUUUAUCAAAAACAGAAAAAUUACUAUUUUAAUCUUUUACAUUAGAUUCUAUUGAACAUUUUUUAA